AUGCUACGCAUCCUGCGAAAGAUGCUGCUCAUCAUUCAGGAUGGUUUAGCCAAGGAAACAUGCAUUGCAAUUUUUCACUUUUCUAAACAGAAGGCAUAUGCUGGCAUUAAACGACCCCAUGAGCUGCUACCAACUUCAGUGUCCCUCACCCGAUCUGGGUACCCUAGAAUCAUCCCUUCUUUUCAUCGACAUCUUCUUUAUAAGAAGGAUGAUAGGGCGGAUCAGUUGGUUAAACUGUACUUUUCCUUUUUCUCGAAAAGCCGCUUAGUGAAACUAUCAAAGAAAGUAGAUAAAACUACCUUUUCAAGUAUAGUUUCUCCAACUGAUUUGGUUGCCGCUUCAUCUUUUUGUGCCAAACUCCGGGAAGAGCUUAGGCCAUUGAUGGAGCGUGUUGAGCGAGGCGAAAAGAGGAGGAUAUUCGCUAUCGAAAACUAUAUUAAUCAAUGGCUUCUGAAACCGGUCCAUAACUGGUUGAUGAGUGUUCUUCGGAUGAUCCCCAUGGAUGGGACGUUCGAUCAGGAACGACUGCUUGAUUAUUUAGUAGGCGAGCAACAUUGUUAUUCAUUAAAUAAGACUUGUGGAAGAAAAACCUUACCUUCGACGGUGCGAGAACGUGCUUCCAACACAAACCAAAGUUUUGAGGAUGGCCUAAUAUCUAUUAUAGGGCCAGGUCCUUGUUGUAUCAAAAUCCUUCAGUUGAACCCUCUUACGACAUCCCUCCUUAUCGGCAGAAGCAACCUCAAUCUCAAGGCUCAACCCAGGCCUAAAAACGAAAUCCCAAGAUACAGAAGAAGCACUUUCAAGCCAAUCCCUUUACCUGCCAGGCAAGGCCAGAUACCCAAGAUUGAGCCUGAGACGCAUCGGUCUUUCCAAUUAGAGUUCUACCCGGGGAUUGACAAAGCCACUUUCACUUUCAUUCAACGGUUGGAAGCGAAUAUGCCAAAGACAAUGGACUUCUCCAACCUUCCCCUCUGA